AUGAUUCUUCCAGUGGUGCUCCUGUGCCUCACAGCUGUGCUGCCUCCAUCCACUGGAGAGGAAUCUGAAGAUUUCCAUGCUCUGUUGACUAGCAAAGCAGAUCAGCAAAAAGAGAUUGUUGACAAACAUAAUACCCUCAGGAGAGGAGUAAAACCAACUGCCAGCAACAUGAUGAGGAUGGAAUGGAAUCCUCCCUCUGCAAAGAAUGCCGAAAGAUGGGCUAGUAAAUGUAGUUUUACCCACAGUCUUCCUGAUAUGAGGAAAACCUCUGUAGUAUGUGGCGAAAACCUCUUCAUGUCAUCCAGCCCUUUCUCAUGGUCAAAUGUUGUUCAGGUCUGGUACAAUGAGGAGAAAGAUUUCAAAUAUGGAACUGGAGCAAAAACAAAAAAUGCUGUGAUUGGCCAUUACACUCAGGUGGUUUGGCACAAUUCUUAUCAACUUGGAUGUGCUGUUAAUUUUUGUCCCAACGGUAAAUUAAAAUACUUCUACGUCUGCCAGUACUGUCCCGCAGGGAAUCUACGAAGUUCAAUUCCAACACCCUACAAAGCAGGACAAUCUUGUGGUGAUUGCCCUAAUAACUGUGACAACGGAUUAUGCACCAAUGCUUGCAAGUUUCAAAAUUCCUUUGCAAACUGCAACAAUCUGAAAACCUUGUUUGGCUGUAGCCAUUCAAUGGUGAAGGGGAAGUGUCCUGCCAGCUGUAAAUGCACCACUCAGAUCAUAUAA